UUACACUCAUUUAAGGCGGGAAACAUUUGUGCUUCUCUUUACUUUUCCUGCAGCAGCUGGCGGGAAAAAAACAAAACUUUAUUGAAGAGUUUUCAUGUCCGCCUCUUCAAAUGAAAUCCAUCCGUCCCGCUUCACCGCCGAACUCCCGCACAGUUCUGCGGACCCGCCUCCAGCAGGUCUGACAUCUAAAGAUCUGAGACGCAGAAACAGGAAGUGAGGCUUCGGCUCACGCGCGGGCGCGCGUCCGCUCAGAGGAGCAGCAGAAGCUGCGGACUCCUGGAGGAGAGCACACCUGCAUGGACAGCGGAGGCGCGGCGCUCAGGCAUGGAUAACUUCACAGAACCCCAAACCAACCACUCGAAUUUUGACUGCGUCUUUACCAAGGCUGUCCUCCCCAUGCUGUACUCCAUCAUCUUUGUGGUGGGCCUGUCUCUAAAUGCCGUUGCUGCCUGGAUCUUCUUCAGGGUGCCUGCAGACUCCGGUUUGGUGGUCUACUUGAAGAACAUGGUGGUGGCUGACCUCCUCAUGCUGGGCACGUUCCCCUUCAGGAUCAUGUCUGAUCUGGGCCUUGGCAGCUGGCACCUUCCAGUGAUCCACUGUCGAUACACUGCCGUGCUCUUUUACACUUCCAUGUACGUGAGCAUAAUUUUUAUGGGUUUUAUCAGCCUUGAGCGAUACGUCAAGAUCAUCCGCCACCGACCUGCGCCCACAGGAUCCUCCUUCUGCAAGUCCAGGUUUGGUGCAUUGUGCUCCCUGCAGCUCAUGCAGAGUUCCAGCUUUGCUUGGGCGUUGGCCUUCUUCACCUGGAGCCUCCUGCUCUUGAUCGUUUUGCCCAACGUUUUGCUUACGAGCCUGCCAGCCAAUGAGCAGAACUCUAGACGCUGCAUGGAGCUAAAAACCCCUUUAGGAAAGGUGUGGCAUAGGGUGUCCACUUAUUUCUCCGUGUCCUUGUUCUGGUGCGCCCUACUCGUUCUGGCCUUCUGUUACAGCUCUAUUGCGCGACAGCUCUACAAGUCGUACCAGCGAGUGCGGCAGGACGCCUCUGCUGUAUGCCGCAAGUCCAACCGCAGCAUCUACAGCAUCCUGGCCGUUUUCUUCAUCUGCUUUGUGCCGUACCAUGUACUUCGCAUCCCAUACACCAUGUGCCAGAUGAAAGACUUAGGCUUUAGCUGGUACUCGUGCUUCCUGUUGUUCCAGCUAAAGGAGGCAAUGCUCUUCCUGUCAGCCCUUAAUGUCUGCCUCGACCCCAUCAUCUACUUUCUGAUGUGCCAAACCUUCAGAGAGUCUCUGCUGAGAAAACUGUCAAGAAAAGGAAGACGAAGGAGGUCCGUGACGACCACAGCAGCCCAGAGUGUCAGCAACAUCUAAAAAUGCAAAAGAAAAAAAAA